AUGAUCAUACAGCAGGCGCUUAACACUUGUUUAUGUUCCAGGAACACCAGUGGAAGCUUCCUGAGUCCACAGCCAACAUUUGCAGACCAACGGAACCAAGUCUCUACAAUUCAUGAAAGUUACCUGACUGUACCUCCUGAGCAGUUCGUGGAGGUAGAGGUCCUGACUACUCUCACAGCCAUCAUCGUCCCAUUUGGUCUGGCAGGAAACACAGUCGUGAUCUGGCUCCUGGGUUUCCGUGCACGGAGGAACCCCUUCUCAGUGUACAUUCUCAACCUGGCGGUGGCCGACUUCCUGUUCAUCUGCAUCUUGAUUGUAAUCUCCCUGAUUUGGCUCAUUGAGUACAUGCACCGGGUCUUAAUUUCCUUCAACGCCGGUUAUAUACUGAACUAUAUGAUAUCGAUUCCCUAUUUCACAGACAUGAGCAUGGUCAGCGCCAUUGGCAUUGAGCGGUGCCUGUGCAUCCUGUGCCCCAUUUGGUACCGCUGCCGCCGCCCAAGUUACACGUCAGCUGUCAUAUGUACCCUGCUCUGGGCCCUGGCUCUGAUGCUGACCUUCUUGCAAUGGAUCUACUGUGAGAUCUCCUGGAAUUGGUGCCUUUCAUUUAGAUUCUUCUUUUCGACAUGCCUGAUUUUCUUAUUUGUAGUUCUCAGUGUGUCCAGCCUGGUUCUGCUGGUGAAGGUGUUCCAUGGCUCCCAGAGGAGGAAGAUGACCAGGCUCAUAGUGACCAUUCUGAUCACUGUGUUGGUCUGCCUGCUGUGUGGCCUGCCCCUUGGUACUUUUUGGAGCAUAUUAAAGGAUAGACAUAUUUUGUUGCCUGAUUUAUGGUGUCUGUUUCUCUCCUGUGUUAACAGCAGUGCCAAUCCCAUCAUCUACUUCUUCGUUGGCUCCUUUAGGCAACGGCAGCGACUGAAGCCGACCCUCAGGAUGGUUCUCCAGAGAGCACUGGAGGACACUCCUGAGGGGGAGGAACCUGGAGGAGCCCCACCUCAGGGUCCCUCGGAGCAGACAGAGAAGAGCAGUGUGGUGUAG